GUAUAUAUAGAGGCUGUAUAGCGACUUGAUUCUCAUAUCAACUCCCAUCUGCUGAAGCAAGGACAAUAUCGACAUCACUACAACCAGAAAACAACAUGGACAUCAACAUUCUUCUGUGUGCCGUCGCUGUCUUCGCCGCAGUUGAAGCUAGUUCCUCUAUAGAACAGGUUCCAAGGUGCUUAUUAUUCUGCCUCAAUGGAAUGAUCCCCGGGGAAUGUAGGUGCAACCGGUGGCCCACCCUCAGUGACGACCUGGACACCCCCGGGGACAGGACACACCCGAAAGUCUCCUCACGCUGCUCGUUCACACGUUGUGGAGCGAAUUCCAGGUGCGUGGAGCGCUAUGGUAGAACCGUGUGUGUUCCCGCCUUCCCUACCUUCCCCACAUUUGGAUUCACCCGACCUACACGUAGACCCGUCCUUGUUGAUGACACCUGCAGUCUUCCGAUGGUUAUCGGACGUUGUCGUGCUGCCUUCCGACGCUACUUCUACAACCCGGCGAGCGGACAGUGUGAGCAGUUUCUGUACGGCGGGUGUGGGGGCAACGCUAACAACUUCAAAACUCUGGGAGAGUGUCGCCGCGUCUGUCAGCGCAGUCAACAACCCAUAUAUUAAGAUCAAUGCCUCGUUGUCACCUGCAGAGCUCCAGAUAACCUUUCGAGCAAUUGAGUUUUUACUCUAGGGUUUCUAUUUUAAUUAGGUUAAAACAUUUUUCUUUGGGUAACCAAUAUUUUUUCACUCAUCUAUUCUUCACUCUAUUGGGUAUUUCCCCAAAAGAAUGAACAUUUUAAGAUUUUAAAAACAUGAAUUUUUUUAUGUACAUAACAUAACUGUUCUAAAUAUAGGCUUGACUCGGAAAGUAAAUUAGCUCGUAAUUGUGUUUCGGAAAUUAGCUCCUUUGUACGCAUGCUCAUAAAGCUUCAUUAGGUAUUUACGCGUGCUGUUUUUAUACAUUUGAGUUUUUCAUUUCAUGCAUGCGUUUCUGGACGCAAGUUAAAUGAAAGUAAUUGGGUUUUGAAUAUUUUUUUUUUUUUGGGGGGGGGGGUUACGCAAAUACGCUGCUUAUCUGUAGCUCUGCACCUGAUUCCAAUUGCUUCAGACAGUAACAAUGCUCUUAGUCACAAAAAUUCAAUAUUUCAGGCUAGAAGAAUAUAAAAAACCCUUUCAGGUAGCCAUCUUAGCAUCUUCCCGAGGCAAGAGCGUUAACUGACUUUACAAUUCCAGUUUCCACCCUUGCCGAACUAGGCUGGAAUUCCUUGGCUCGAUCGUAGCGCCACCAGUGGCUAUUAUGAGUUAUGUCCAUU